AUGAGCAAUCACCGGCAUCGUGAUGAGCUUUUGGGGGAGUGGGAAAGCUUCGAGGGAAUUGCGUGGGGAAUUGUUGCUAGAGCAUUGUUCAUCGGACAAAGCUUGAGGCAAAGACUGCAAAAACAACAGCAAGAAAGUGGAGGCGUGCACCCCAUCGAACUUAUUCAAACGGAUCCCGACUGGGCCAUCUUCGACUGGGAAAGAGAAUGCGGAUACACAUGCAACAGCACCAGAGUGUUUGAGCCUGUUGAACAAGAAGCAGAGAGAAAGGCGGUGACGGUGUGGGCAGAGGCAGAGGCUCGAACUUUUGUGGAAAAGUACCUUAUGUACCCCAAAAACUUCGAGAAAAUCGCAGCUUGCCUUGAUGGAAAAACCACCAGAGACUGCGUUGACUUUUACUAUCGGUUCAAGUUCAAGUUUGGCCUGAAGAGGAAACUGCAGGAGUUGGAGGAUGGGACACGCAUCAAGAAGAAGAAUAGACACAUUGGCUCCAAGCAAAUUCGCAGGGAGGAGCUCGUGCAUGAGGCGGUGGCGGCUUUGUCAGCUGAGUGCGGGACCGAGCUCAUGAGGAGUUUUAAUGACCGCAACUCUUUGCCUUUUGACGUCUAUAGCGACCAUCUGCUGCACAGAGAGGCCCUGCAUUCGACUCUUAAGGACCCGGCGAGUUGCCGCGGGGAAGACUGGGGAGAGGGGGAGAGCGACAGCGCUGAGGUGUUUGUAGAGAACAUGAACGACGGCUACUUCCUCCCAGCAACAACGAAAGGGCUUGUUGUGCCCGGCCGGGUUGUGAGCAUUCCAAGUGAAGCUCCUCUAUGGGGGCCGCCGCAGCGCUGCUUUGUGCCAGGCUGUCUGCUGAUAGAGGGGCCCAGCAACCAGCCGCAGCAGCAGCAACAGCAGCAGCUGCUGUUGCGGCACGAGGGCGGCUCGGAGGCCACAGCGGCUGCAGCGGCCCCAGCAGCACCAGUUUGUCCGCCCGCUGCUCCUCUGCCCCUCACCCUUAAGUCAACUCAGCUGGACACUCUCCUCACGUGCAUGCAGGUGGCCUCCCGCAGGUUUUGCCCACAGGAUGACGAAGGGGGGCCCUCCUACAUGACGCGCUCCCGAGCAGCUAGGGCUCGCCCCGGGCCCUGUGGGCCCCCGGGUGGGCCCCCUACCUUGCAGCAUUUGGGCGCAGCGGUUAUUCGUUCGGGCGCUGCGGGGGCCCAUGCUGUGUUUGGGGGCUCUGGGGGACCAGGGCAGCUCUCUCCUGCUGCAAGGGCAGUGGACUGCCUGCUAUCACGUCUUCGAAACAUAGUCCGAAGUAUGCACCAAAACACGCGACUGGGCUCCAGGGAGAAACGGCGGGGUAUUGCUGAAGACGCCGAGGUGGGGAGCCUCCCACCGAUCGGCAGUCCCUCUACCGCUUUGAGGAUUGGGGAUGACGAGCUGCCUCCCCCAACGCCUGAAUGA